AUAUAUAUCUCACUACCGUAUCUGUCAAAACAUUUUACACUGUAUAUUCGCUAUGCUAUGUGAACUUUGUUAGUAGUGAAACGAAUGACAUGUUAUAACAGGUGUGUGAGCAAGGAGCACACAACUGUUCUUUUUCCUUCUUCUUCUUCUCCUUCGUGUUCUUUUUUCCUCCAUAGAAAAAACACAAUGUCAGAAAAACGAAGAGAGAGAUGCUUUCUCAUUGGUGGAGAAAAAAGCGCUAAUGCAAAAAUUUCUUCCUUGCUUUUUUUUCCUCUUGUCUCUCCUUCUCUCUUCUGUAUGUUAUUGGUCUUGUUGAGUGUGAACAAGCAUAACCAGAUGUAUGUCUAUACUUGACUCGUCGUCGGCAUUAUAGACCAAAUUCAUUGAUCCCAAUCAUCAUCAAAUUAGAUUGACAUCAUUCUUGAAGCUAUAG